AUGUCUAUUGGUGUUCCUAUUAAAGUACUUCACGAAGCUGAAGGCCAUGUAGUGACUUGUGAAACAAAUACCGGUGAAGUUUACAGAGGGAAGCUAAUAGAAGCUGAGGAUAAUAUGAAUUGUCAAAUGACUUUGGUAACUGUUACCUACAGAGACGGGCGAGUGGCACAGCUAGAAAAUGUUUAUAUAAGAGGUUCUAAGAUACGUUUUCUUAUACUACCGGAUAUGUUAAAAAACGCGCCGAUGUUUAAACGACAAGGAAACAAACCAACCGCUGGUCGCGGUAAAAGUGCUAUACUACGAGCUCAAGCAGCGGGUAGAGGUCGUGCUAGCGGUAGAGGCGGAGGACAUCGUGGAGGCUGGCAGGGUGGCUCCGGCCCAUCAAGACGGUAG